AUGAAAAGUGCGUUUCAUUUGUUUGUAACACUAUUUGUCUUUGCACUCUCUGUAUGUCCACCUGAAAAUAUCAUCACAACUACUAUCGAAACAACAGACGUAUGCAAGUUAUCUUCUAUCAAUAUUCAGAACAAAGCAACUUUAAUUACAAAAGAGUCUUCUUCACUUACAUUAGACUCGACACUCACUGUAAACUCUAACUCAAAACUUUAUAUGAAAAAUUCGUCGAAAAUCACAACAAGUAGUCAACUGAGUUUAGUUGCGUCAAGUGAACUUUCACUGGAGGGAAAUUCCGUUUUAAAUGUUGGCACUUUCUAUGUCGGUGAAACUAUGAAUAAAGUUACUCUUAAAGAUAACACUCGAUUUACACACACCUCACCUUCCCAAAUUUCUGAUGUAACUGCCAUACUCUACGGUAAUUCUAUAUUCACUUUAGGUAAUGUUGCUUUUAUUGAUUCUGCAAAUUUUGUUAUGAAUGACCACUCCACCCUUACAGCAACUUCACUUGUUGUGUACUCCAACGUGAAUUUGGUAUCCAACACUGACAACCCAAUAUUAGUCUCUGCUAAUCUUAACGUAGGAACGUCUGCAAGUACUUUAACACUCAAAAGUUCUACUCGAGGAAUUCAAUACAUAAUUGGAGGUAUAAGUUGCAUGGGAAGUUUAUCUACAGAUUCUUUGAGUACAAUUUAUUCGUCUGUUGUAAAGAUAGAAAACAGUUGUGUGUUGGGUGUAUCUAAAACAAGAAACUAUCGCGACCUUCCUAUUUUUCUAGUUGAAAACAAAAUUGAAUUUGGCAGUACCGUCUUAUUUACACACACAAAUGGAGACGUCUUUGAUAUUGCAGCUUCCAAAGAACCAAUUGCAGGUUCUAUUCCUAUGGGAUUCAAAUUUCUUUUGAAUAAAAGGCUAUUAAGAUAUGGGAGUUCUACAACAGUCUUUUGUCACUUAAAACAAUCAAAUGGAGGGAGUACAUACAUAUUUGUGGAACCAUAUUGUCCAUGUGAUGGGUGUUUCAUUACUCCAUUCAAAAAUGGAGAGGGUGUUGUUAUCAAUAAAAACACAUCAUUGAAAACAGCGAUUGUGUAUGACCAAAAUGAAGUGAAUGUACUUUUUGUCAACGGAGAUGCCAUUUCUUUUGCACUUGUUGAUAACUAUGCAGUUAAUUUAAAUGUAACAGAAGUGUCACAGAUCACAACUAAAGGUGUUUCAGCAUCUAAAAGAAUAUUAUUAACAUCAAAAGAAGGAUUCACACAUGAUGGAAUACUUUGUGAUGUUGGGUAUAUCACUGGUGAUAAGUUAAAAUGUUUGUUUCCUAAAGAGUGUCCGACUGGUGGAGUUAAUCCACUCACUAAGAAGUGUGAAACAUGCAAGAAAGCGUCUUGUGACAAAUGUGAUGGUGUUGAUGGAAAUUGCUUUCGGUGUAUUGGUGGUACAAUUCUUAUUGAUGGAAAGUGUGUUCGAGAUACCAACUGUCUUUAUGCUGAACAUCGAUUUUGUGUAAAGUGUAAAGAGGGAUACAAAAGAGUUGGAGCGUUGUGUGUGAGAUUGACUGACCAAAGGUGUCAAAUUGGAGUAGAAAGCAAGUGUGUGUUAUGUGACACGACUCGUAAUUAUCUGAAUGUUAAUGGUGUGUGUGUAGAUCCACCAGAGAAUUAUAUCGGUAUCAAUCAAGGUACUAUUGUGUCUUGUAUUAAAGGAUAUUAUGUAUUUGAUUCAAAGUGUUUGGGGUGUUCAUCUUCGCUAGCAAAUAGUGAACUUUGUGAGGACAAUAAAAUUACAAAGUGUUUAGUCAAUUACGAAGUAUCAAACAAUGGAAGCUCGUGUUUACCAACCACUUGUUCUGUCACAACAAACACUUUGAAAGAGUCAAAUGGACAAUGUGUUUCCCCUAUUACUAAGUGUCUUCAAAUCGUCAAUUCAAAAUGUGUUGAAUGUGAAUUUGGAGUCAACUUGGUUUAUGACACAAAUCAAUGUGGGACAUCUCUUCCCAUUGGGUGUGAAGAAGUUCAUAGUGUGGGUUGUCGUCGCUGCACUUCUGGAUAUUUUUUAGAGUCGGCCUCACAAACGUGUUCAAAGUGUUCGUCGGAAUGUAAAGACUGUUUUGGUUCAUCUACAAAAUGCACUUCAUGCGAAGAGGGUGAAUACCUUACGAAUUCAACUUGUCAGUCAAACGAACUUUUACGUGAAAAGUGUUCAACAGUGAGUGUAAGUGGUUCUUUGUGUUAUGUGUGUAAACCCGGCUACUUCAGAGUUGGUCUUGAUUGUCAGUCCUGUAAGCCAGAAUGCAAAACGUGUUUAACAUCUAACAAGUGUUUGGAAUGUAAUUCAGUGUACUUUAAAAGUAGUGAUGGUGAGUGUCUUCUCCGUUCUUCGAUCAUCGGGUGUUCGACCGAAAUAACCUCAAUAGGGUGUUCCAAAUGUUCUGAAGGGUAUUACCAAUACAAAGAAAAUAUGUGUGCUUCCUGUGAUUCAAAGUGUUCGACCUGCACUUCUGGAGACAAGUGUAACACAUGUCAAAAAGAUUAUGUAUUAGUUAAAUCAAUGUGUUUGCCAUUUAAUAUGAUAGCAGAGUGUAAAGCCGCACGAAAUUCCGAGUGCACUCGUUGUUCUUUUUGGUAUGUCCCAAGUAGUGAUGGGUCAUAUUGCGAACAACAGAUAGUGUGGUGGGUUGUCUUGAUAUCCAUAUUAUUCUGUUUUCUAUCCAUUGUAUUUAUAUUGAUAUCGUUGUACUACUUCAUCAAGAAAAUAGUGAAGAAGAACAAGAUGAUUGAGAUGGAGAACAAGAUGACUAUAUUUGAUAUGAAUCGUUCAAAUGUAUCAUUCACACGACUUGGAACACUUUCAGUCAACUUACCAUUUGUCGACUUCAAUUCGGAUUCUACAGAACUUCCUGUCAACACAGAAAGCCGCCAACUACUUUGCGUUGGCAACUCAACUUCAGACACUUUAAAGGUUCAAAUCACUACAGCAACAUGCGAGGAGAAAUACACUCUACGUGUGUUGCCACCAGUUGCUGUUCUCCGUAAAGGUUUAGCAUGCGAAUUUGAGAUAUACAUAACACCACAUUACACCUGUACCAUAUCAUCAAAGAUUGCAAUUGUAUCAAAGAAUUAUGCCACCGGACUUGAAACAUGUGAAGCUGUUGAAGUGAAAGGUACAACGUUGAUAUCCACUCGCAUAGACCCAGCCGAGCUUAGUGAAAUAGAGGUACUUGGGAAAGGGUCUUUUGGCAUUGUGUGGAAAGGGAUAUACAGACACAACAUUGUUGCAAUCAAAAAGAUGAAAGAGAUGAGUGACAGUGGAAUGCAAGAACUUGAAAAGGAAGUUGCGAUGUUAGAUAAGUUCAGGUGUGAGUACAUUGUCGCAUUUUAUGGGGCGGUUUUCAUCCCAAGUAAAGUGUGUAUGGUCACUGAAUUUGCACCAUUUGGGAGUCUUCAGGACUUAAUGAGAAAACGAAGUAAAAAAGAUGUUCAGUUAUCACUUCGACUUAAAAUGAUGUGUGAUGCUUGUAAAGGCAUUUUGUAUUUACAUGAAAAUGGCAUUUUACACAGAGAUAUCAAGCCAGACAAUACCUUAAUUUGCUCAAUGAGUUUGAAUGAGAAAGUUAAUGCGAAAUUGACUGACUUCGGGUCAUCAAGAAAUGUAAAUUUGAUGAUGACCAAUAUGACAUUCACUAAAGGCAUCGGAACCCCUACAUACAUGGCACCUGAAGUGUUAAAGAAUGAAAAAUACACUAAAAGUGCAGACGUGUAUUCAUUUGCGAUAACCAUGUUUGAAGUGUUUGGGUGGCAAGAUGCUUACAACCAAGACAUAUUCAAAUUCCCAUGGAAAAUCGCUGAAUUUGUGACUUCAGGGCAACGACCAGAAAGACUUGAUGACAUCCCUCUCUCCGUCUUUGUGUUGAUUGAAUGUGCUUGGGGACGUGUUCCCAAAGAACGUAUAUCAAUACAGAAGUUAGUAGUCGAAUUAGACAAAAUAGCACUCUAA